CUGACGUCGGGCGUGGUUUUCCUCGGGAAACUCCCCACCGCAACAACAAUGCUGGGUGUCGUCGCAGCCGCUCUCCUCCUCGCCGGCCUCGUGGUUUUCCUCGUCAAAUUCGCCACCGCAGAUGGGGAUUUUACGUUGACAUCGAGGGGUGCGCCGAAGCGCGAUGAAGUGGAAGGCAAGGUUGUGUGGAUUACGGGCGCAAGCCGUGGAAUUGGGGAAAUCCUUGCAAAUCAAUUCACCAAUUUAGGAGCAAAGGUGAUACUUUCUGCUCGUAAUGCAGUGGAGCUUGAGCGGGUCAAAUCUGAAAUCAUCAGUAAAUAUCCUGCUAGUAGAGUUGAAGUGUUGCCUAUGGAUUUGGCAUCUGGUGAAGAAUCUCUCAAAGAAUCAGUAUAUAAGGCAGAAUCUUUGUUUUCUAGUGCUGGAGUUGAUUAUAUGGUCCACAAUGCAGCCUUUGAACGACCUAAAAGAAAAGCUUUGGAUGAAACCGAGGAAGGACUUCGGGCCACGAUGAACAUAAAUGUCUUAGGGACAAUAACUCUGACUCGCCUUCUGGCACCUUAUAUGCUUAAAAGAGGGAGAGGCCAUUUUGUUGUGGUGAGUAGUGCAGCUGGAAAGUGUCCUUCACCAGGCCAAGCUUUAUACUCUGCUUCCAAGCAUGCUCUAAAUGGAUAUUUCCAUUCUCUACGUUCUGAGCUAUGCCAGGAAGGGAUUAAGGUGACCAUUGUCUGCCCUGGGCCAAUUGAAACAUCAAAAACUUCUGAAACAAGUUCAUCAGGAAAAAGUAGAUCUUUGGAGAAGCGUGUGUCUGCAGAAAGAUGUGCUGAGCUGAUAAUUGUUGCCGCAACCCAUGGGCUAAAGGAAGCCUGGAUAUCAUAUCAGCCUGUGCUUUUUGUUAUGUACUUGGUGCAGUACAUGCCGACCAUUGGAUAUUGGUUUAUGGACCUGAUUGGUGCAAACCGGCUGGAUGCGGCAGCAAGCAAGAGAAGCGCAUACAGUUGGAGUUUGCUGUUUGGUCAUAAGAAAUCAGCAUGAUGUUGUCUCCGCUUCACGAGUCAGAUUCUUGAAGAUUGAGGAGCAUGGACAAAGCAAAUUGCAUUAGAUCCAGUAACUCAUUGUUUUGCCAGAAUUGUGUGCUUGUUCUCCCGAAUUAAGAAAUCAUACAUCUGUAUGAUCAGAACAAUGACAUCGAAAUGUUCUAAGGUCUAAAAUCAUGCACCGUCUGAAGGUCAAAUCAUGUAGGCUUUUGUAACAAUGUUAUAAGUUGCGUGAGUUCCACAGAAUUUGCAAGUAAUUAGCAAGUCAUUAUUGUAGUUUGCAGUCCGA